GCCCCGUUCCGACGCCCUCUACUUUCCCGUCGACCCGGGAGCCCUUCGGCCGCUUUUCCCGGAAGUGUGCCAAAUUCUAGAGGACGGAGAUGAAUUUCCAGACGAUUCUCUUGGUCUUGUGCGCCUGGGCCCUCCGGAGCCACCGCUCCCGCGCCCAGUGCCUGCGACCCGGGCCCCUGGACUUGCCAAAUAAAACGUUUCCGGACGUGACGCGGUUCCCAGGCGGGUUCCGGACCGUGGUGCGAGUCAACGACUACUACUCCGAACGAUCGCUGCUGGUCACCGAAUUUUACCACGCGGAAAAUUCCGCCGGAAGAGUAGAAGUGGAGCGAGAGGGGGAGAAGACUUCUUUCGUCUACUUCGACCGGACCCACGAAGUGUUUACCGUCCGAGAUUUCGGCUGUCGGACCACCCCGUCGGACCGAUUCCAGUUUCCCGCCGAAACGGACCCGUCCGAAAGCUGGGUGUACCGCGGAAGAUCCCGUUUGGUCCUGGGUCCCUCGGCCGCCUUAGUCCGGGCUUCGGAGGAUUACCGACAAGGCAAAGUGGUGUAUAUGGGAAAAUCGGCCGAGUCGGUGAGAGGAAUCCCGGCCGAGCUUUGGCAAGAAUGCGUGGAGGACGGACGAAUCAACGCCGAGUAUUACUUCGCCGAGGACACGUGGAAGAACGAAUUCGGAGAAUCGACUCCAAUUGCCCUGCCCCUGAGAGCGGUGUUCCAAGGAAGAAAUCUCUCCGACUCGGAAGUCUUCCAGACGCACGACUUCGUUCUCUUCCGACCCGGUACGCCGGAGCCCGACCGUCCGGCGGUCCCGGACGGCAAAGGGUGCCUCAGGUUGGCCCAAGAUCUGCCCAUUGGUCGGACCUUCGUCGGCACCGAUCUGUCUUAUUCCGCCGAAAUUCUGUACACUCCCGAAAGCGGAAACUACUCCUACGUCAGUUACGUCGACUUCGUCUACGACGGCGAUUCGGAGUACGUGGCCUUUCGCUACGGCAAUUGGACCCGGCCCUUCCGGGACGGAAAGAGACGAGUGGACGCCUAUCGUCGGAUCGUCUACGACACCCGAAAUGGUGUGACGUACGAGAUAGACGAAGACUCCCGACAAUGCCGAGUGUCGCGGCGAGAGGAGAUGGAGCCGACCAUCGAUCUUCCCGACGGAAUCCUACUUGGCAUAGGAAACGAACUGUUUUUGGACCAGAUGGAAAAAUUUCAAUACCUGGGACGGAAGAGAAGAAGAGACGUUUGGGUGGACGUCUACGAGUUGACUCAGAAACUGAACGAAAACUUGGUCAGCAUCUCCACCAGAUACUUCCAUCGCAACGAACUCCGGAAAGAAGAGACGCCGGUGGCCAUCUCCCUAGUGAAUUUGGACUCCGCCCGAAAAGUUUCUUCCGGCUUGACCAUCAACUUCUACCAAUUCUUGACCGAAAUCGACGACAAACUCUCGGCCUUCGACGUGGACUCGUGCUACCCCCGCAGCCGCCACCGUCGCUGGAUCUCUUUCUUCUUCGAAGUCCGCGGACAAGAAGAAUUGAUGAGGGACGCCGAACCCUACCUUCCCGUCGUCCGUCGGCGAGUGGCCGACAUGGUCAGGGACGCCACCGGUCUGGCCUGGACCCGAAUCUCCCGAGUGCUGGUGGACUUUGAGGUUUCCGGUUUGCUGGCCGACGUCUCGCUUCUGGAUAGACCCGAUUAUUUGUGGGAUUUCUCUUACGAUUCGGAAGGCUUCCUGGCGGAUCCAGAAGAUUCCGUGGGCAUGGUGUCCAAGCACCUGUGCGCCAAGUUCUGCCUGGAGUAUCCCGGAAUGUGCUACGCCUUCUCCUAUUGCGGAAAAACCUGUUACCUGAAGACGAAGAGCUCCUGGACCAAACGGGACUCUCCCGGAUGUCUGAUAUAUCGCCGGAAAACGGGUUACGAACCCCUUAUCACCACCGACUCCGCCCUGCAAAAGUUGAACUUGGCCCUCGAGAGCGGCGACCUGAAGAUAUCUUUCUCGGUCAAAGACGUGGCGGGAAAUUACAGAGACGUGGAGUUGUCCGUCUCCGCAUUCGACAGCCACGCCCGGGAUCCGGACGCCCGAUACACCAAAAUCGCCGACUUCGACAGUCACUACACCGAGUACAAAUACGGAUAUAAAUUGAAAAAGGGAGCCGACCACGUCCGUAAUCUGGGCAGUCUGCCCUACCUCACCUGUCAGAAAACCUGUCUGGCCGAUCCCUACUGUCAGUCGUUGUCUUCCUGCGCCGGAAUGGCCGAGUGUCUGACUAGCACCAAACACGCGGUGGAGGUUCCCGACCGGGAAUUGGUGAAGAAAAACGACUGCCUGGUCUUGACCCGCAAUUACAUGGACUCGUUCGUCAGACACGACGGCCUGACCAAAGCCACCACCGCGGCCAAAAGGCUGCCGAUAGACAAACAGGAAUUGUGCGCCAAAGCCUGUUUGCGGGACGACGAGGUGGACUGUCGUUCCUUCGACUUCUGUCCUUAUUCGGAACACCCGUCCGAUCGGUGCCUGCUGCACGCCGGCCGCCAUCCGGAUCCCCGGAACGAGAAGUUGGCGCUGGACCCCACCGGCCUGUGCGGCCAUUAUUCCAGAAACCACGUCCGCGACUUCCGCAAGCUAAAGAACAGGAUUCCGGUAGAUCCCGCCCAUUUGGCGGUGACGGGCGUGACGGCGGAAGGAUGCGCUCGACUCUGCGCGGAAGGGGUGGAAUUCCCCUGCGGCUCUUUCCACUUCUGUCGCGCCGGGGGGCGGGGAAAAGCCCGGUGCGGACUGAGGACCGAGAACGACGUCUCGCCCGCCACCGUCUCUAAUUCCUCCUGCGACACUUAUCUGCCGGCGGAAAGUUCCCCAGAAGGAAGGAAAGCCGGACGAAGAGGCGAAAGGAGCUAUUCUUCGGGAUUGACGGCGGGACUGGGCGUCUUCUUCUUCGUCUUGGGUUCGGGAUUCGCCGUGGUGGCUCUGCUGAUCUUCGGAAAAAUAACCGGAAGAAAAAUAUAAAUUCUCCAAUUGGUUCCGAGGUGUGACCCGAGGCGGGCGCUUCUUACCGACGGAGACCGCCUUCGGACCGCCUUCUCUCGGUAAACGACUUUUAUAAACCAACGAAAAAAAGAAAAUGGGCAAAAUUACACCUUUAUAUUUAUUAGGUUUUCGGGAGCCAAUCCAAUAUUUGUCGGUGUCGUUUGAUUAGCGGAAAUCCUUUCUCUCGUUAUUUGCGGCAACGUCCAUCCGAAACUCUAAACAAUGUCGAAAUAAUAAAUUUCUUUAAUACUUUUAUUAUAAAACUUGGUCGAAAUUUGACGACGGUCGACCGUAAUUCGAUGUACGCGAAGCCGCGUUUUUCGGUAGGAAUGAAAGAACUAAAUAUAAAAUAAUGUCCCUUAAGCGUCACCGUAAAAACUUUUACGAUGGAAAAUAUAAAUAAAAUAACUUAAAUCGUCAAUCUCCUAAUUUCUUCUCUGAUUCCGCACUCGUAACUAAAUAAGUUUAUCCUUAUAGUGUAUUAUACGGGCCGUGUCCGGGUGUUUUAUUUUGAAAACUAUGGUACGGAUGCGAAGAUAAAGUCGUACGAGGAACCGCGUCUAAUUGGGCAAUCGAUAAACUACAAAUAGUUCGGACCACAUACGAGCCAGUUAUCGGGACAAUAUGGAGAAUUUGCCUCUUCCGCAGUUUUAAUUAAAUCGUUAUCGCGCUAUUAUUAUUUUUUAUCGUUUGUUCGGUACGUAGACACUGCGAGAAGGUCUAACGACUACGACGACUCUAUUA